UAAACCCUCUCUCUGUCUCUCUCCCCCCCCUUAUCUUCUUCUCUCUCAAUCAGCCAGUGAGAGAGAGAGAGACAGAGAGACAGAGAGAGAGUGGAAGAAUGCCGUCAUUCGCCGCCUCCAACCACCUCCUCAGCCCCGCCCUCGCCCACUCCCUCACGUCCCGCCGCAGACUUCCGUCGUCGUCAUCCUCCCAGAACCCUAAAUUCGUUCCCUCUGUCAAAUGCAGCCUUCCCUCGAGCAACCCCACCUCCGAUUCCCCCAAAACCCUAAACCCCACCACCAUCUUCACCGCCCUCAAGAAACCUUUUUCCGCCACCGCCGUUGCUGCCGCCUCAUUCUCCAUCCUCCUCCAUUUCUCCCCCAUUGAGCUCUCCGGUGGAGGCGCCAACCCCCCCGGCUCCGGGGGCGGCGGAGGUGGAUGGGGGGAUGGGGGUGGUGGGGAUUCUGGCGGAGGUGGAUUCUGGCAGAGGAUUUUCUCCGCCGCGCCUGCUAUCGCCGACGAGCCACAGAACCAGGAGUGGGACUCCCACGGCCUGCCUGCCAACAUUGUCGUCCAGCUCAACAAGCUCAGCGGGUUCAAGAAGUACAAGCUCUCUGAGAUCUUGUUCUUCGAUAGGAGGAGGUGGGCUACCGUCGGCACUGAGGAUUCGUUCUUCGAGAUGGUGUCUCUUCGGCCCGGGGGCGUCUACACCAAGGCUCAGCUGCAAAAGGAGCUCGAGACACUGGCCACCUGUGGGAUGUUCGAGAAGGUCGACAUGGAGGGCAAGACGAACCCCGAUGGGACUCUGAACCUCACCAUCUCCUUCACCGAGAGCACUUGGCAGUCUGCUGACAAGUUCCGGUGCAUCAAUGUGGGCUUGAUGGCUCAGUCAAAGCCAAUUGAGAUGGAUCCCGACAUGACUGACAAGGAGAAACUCGAGUACUACAGGAGCCAAGAGAAGGACUAUCGGAGGAGAAUCGAUAGGGCGAGACCCUGUCUUUUGCCGGGUCCUGUGCACAGGGAGAUUCUGCAGAUGUUAAGGGAGCAGGGCAAGGUGAGCGCGAGGUUGCUGCAGAAGAUCAGGGAUAGGGUCCAGAAAUGGUACCAUGAUGAAGGGUAUGCCUGUGCUCAAGUUGUGAAUUUUGGCAAUUUGAAUACUAAGGAAGUCGUGUGCGAGGUGGUGGAAGGAGACAUUACCCAGCUCAUGAUCCAGUUCCAGGACAAGCUUGGCAAUGUCGUCGAAGGGAACACGCAGUUGCCUGUGAUUAGAAGAGAAUUGCCCAAACAGCUUCGGCAAGGCCAUGUUUUCAACAUAGAAGCUGGGAAACAAGCUCUCAGGAACAUAAACUCUCUAGCUCUGUUUUCGAACAUAGAAGUGAACCCACGGCCUGAUGAGAAGAACGAGGGAGGCAUUAUUGUCGAGAUUAAACUUAAGGAGCUCGAACAGAAACAGGCUGAAGUUAGCACAGAAUGGAGUAUUGUCCCUGGACGUGGAGGGCGCCCCACGUUGGCUUCGCUUCAGCCUGGAGGAACUGUUUCCUUCGAGCACAAAAAUAUCAAAGGGCUCAACAGAUCUAUUCUUGGUUCAGUGACAACCAGCAACUUCUUAAACCCUCAAGAUGAUCUUGCUUUUAAGCUCGAGUAUGUUCAUCCAUAUCUCGAUGGUGUCUACAAUCCAAGGAAUCGUACACUUCGUGCGAGCUGCUUUAAUAGCAGGAAACUGAGUCCGGUCUUUACAGGGGGGCCUGGUGUUGAUGAAGUACCCCCAAUAUGGGUUGAUCGAGCUGGACUUAAAGCCAAUAUAACGGAGAACUUCACCCGUCAAAGCAAAUUCACUUAUGGGCUUGUGAUGGAAGAGGUGACGACUCGUGAUGAGGGCAGCCACAUCUCUCCUACCGGCCAGAGAGUGUUGCCGAGUGGGGGAAUCAGUGCAGAUGGACCCCCAACGACCCUCAGUGGGACUGGUAUCGAUCGAAUGGCAUUCUUACAAGCAAACAUCACUCGUGACAACACCAAGUAUGUUAAUGGUGCCAUUGUUGGUCAAAGGAAUGUGUUUCAGCUGGACCAAGGCCUAGGCAUUGGGAGCAAAUUCCCAUUCUUUAACCGCCACCAGCUUACCUGUACGGGAUUUUUCCAGUUAAAGCAAGUCGAGGAAGGUGCUGGCAAACCGCCACCCCCUGUCCUGGUUCUUCAUGGCCAUUACGGGGGCUGUAUAGGGGACCUCCCAAGUUAUGAUGCUUUCACUCUUGGAGGUCCCUACUCAGUUAGGGGUUACAAUAUGGGCGAGUUGGGUGCAGCUAGAAAUAUACUCGAGCUUGCGGCUGAGCUCAGGGUACCUGUGAGGAACACCCACAUGUACGUAUUUGCGGAACAUGGGAAUGACCUGGGAAGUUCAAAACUUGUGAAAGGGAACCCAACAGAGGUCUACCGGCGCUUGGGCCAUGGCUCGUCUUAUGGGUUUGGACUCAAGUUCGGGCUGGUACGAGCAGAAUAUGCUGUCGAUCACAACUCUGGCACUGGAUCGGUGUUCCUUCGGUUUGGAGAAAGAUUUUGAUGUGCUUUUCUGUUUUCCUUUUGAUGGGAAUUCAAUCUUGGCUAGGAAUAACUGGUACACAAGUUUUUGUGGAUCCCUUGAGGUCUUUUCCAGGGUGGUUAGGGAUUAGAUAUUUCCUUGACUUAAAAUUGAGGUAUCUUCGGCAUAGUUAUACAGUGAGGUCUGGAUUCGUAAGGACUCCUUUCGUGUUUGAAAGGAGUUGUUCGUAAUGAUUUACUUGUACACUCAUCUCCCUCACUGGCUUGAUUUUUGCUCAUGGCAGUCGGAAAGUGACCAAUUUCCUUUCUGAGUUAUAGACACACACCCACAA